AUGCGGAAAUCCUCGACGAUCCUCCCUUACUGCUUAGUAGUCUCUCUCUUCGUCCUCGUAUCGUCCUCAAGCGGUAUAGACACAAUUCAGCAGUUGCAGAACAUCAGCGAUGGCAAGACUCUCGUCUCCGCCGGCGGGAUCUUCGUGCUGGGGUUCUUCUCUCCGGGGGAUUCCGGUAAGAGGUAUCUGGGCAUAUGGUUCGCCGUUUCUAAUACAACAGUCGUAUGGGUCGCGAACAGAGAUAAGCCUCUCAACGACUCCUCCGGUAUCCUGCGCAUCGACACCAGCGGCAAUCUCGUCCUCACCGGGAACCCUCCCAACACAAUCUUCUGGUCUACGGGACAAACCAGCUCGGUCGGCGCCACCGCACAGCUGCUGGACUCCGGCAAUUUCGUGCUCAGAGAAGGGAGCAGUCCUACGGGCGGAGACUUUCUGUGGCAAAGCUUCGACCACCCAACGGAUACCAUGCUUGCGGGGAUGAAGAUCGGGCCGGACUACAGGACCAGGCGUGAUCGGAACCUGACGGCGUGGAGGAACGCGACCGAUCCCUCGCCGGGGCGAUUCACCUACAAGCUGGAUCCUCGCGGGAUGGGUCAGCCCUUCGUGCUGGAUAACACGACGGUGAUUUUCCGCAGUGGCCCCUGGAAUGGGAUCCAGUUCAGCGGCACGCCGUCGAUGAAGACCUACCCGAGGUUCAGGUCCACCGUCGUCCAGAAUCAGGAUGAGGCGUACUACCAGUUCAUGGUAACCCAGCCGGCGACCCUCACGAGACUGAUGAUUGAUAAUUCCGGAAAGUUGACGCGCUCUCUGUGGGAUGAUGAGAAGUUGGACUGGCUGGAGCUGUGGAGGUCCGACAGAGACCGGUGCGGGGAAUACGCCUACUGCGGCCACAACGGGGUCUGCAACAGCGAUGCUUCUCUCGCAUGCAAGUGCCUCCCGGGAUUCCGGGCCAGGAACCAAGAGCAGUGGGACUUUCAGAACUGGAGUGGAGGCUGCGUGAGGAAUACGAGUCUGAACUGCACCGACGGCGACGGGUUUCGGCUGGAGACGGGGAUGAAAUUGCCGGACACGGUGAACUCCACCGUCCACGUGGAAAUGAAUCUCGAUGAAUGUAGGGAAACAUGUCGGAAGAAUUGCUUCUGCGUGGCAUACGCGAGCGCGAACAUCAGCGGAGGAGAAAGUGGUUGCAUAACCUGGAUUGGGGAUCUGAUUGAUAUGAGAACUUUUGGGCAAGUUGAAGAUGGGCAAAACAUUUACAUACGACUUGCGAAGGCUGAUCUCGGUACGUUCUACCAUCUCACUCACCUGAGCGUUUACUCGAGUAAAAUCACGUCUGACUGGUCUGAACCAGCGCCUCAAGGAUGUUCAGAUGUUCAUAUUUUUGGGGUCCCUCCCUCCAAAACCAGAAUCACAAGUCGUAACUGGGUACGCUGAUCUUCGGGGACGGAAAUGGCUUAUGCCUUUCCUGCGAGCAGCUCCCCGACCCGUUUUACCUACGGGUAUUCGCUCCAGUGCUAUUUGAUACUUUGGAGAACAAGAUUUGGGUUUCUGCUAGAGGGGAAAGCAUAAAACUGGAGACUACCCUCUCUUGUUCUAAUAUCUCGGUGGGAAUUUGCGGUUUGAAAGGAAUUCACUAUAGGAAACUGUUUUCGAUUCCACUGAGGAACUUUUAUUUUCCGGAGUUGAUUAGUCGUACUGAAUUAUUUCCAGGAAAGGAGAUCCAUUUUGACUAAAGGUUUCUCAGAAGUCAAUAUGGCUCGCCGGAUGAACUGUUCAUUAAUGUUUUUUACUUUUUUUGAGGGGGGUUUUGGGGGGGGGGGGGGUGGGGAAUAGGGACUGGCCCUUGCGGCCACAGCUGGGCUUUAAUCCAGGGCGAAUGGUUUGGGAGGGAAGGCCUCCCAAACCCAUUGCUCGCAAGUGACCCCCCCCGGUCGACUACGUCCCUUAGCGGCAGGAAGCGCCCAAAGCCCUUCCCCUGUGGCGGAGGUCCAACUCGCGGUGCCAUUCCCGUAAACGAUGGCGGAGGGAGGGGGGGAUAAAGUCCUUUCCGCCGGCAAAGCUGAUUUCCCCGUGAGCAUCCACCCAAAUUGAUAAUGUUCUCCGAGAUUUCUUCAAUAUCUAAUUCGAAAUUGUUGAGAAACUUGCGUGAUAGCCAAAAUUUGUUUAAUACUUUUGCCAUUGCUUCUGGGUUUAGGAAUGGUAGAUAGCAAAAUCAAGGUAUGGCAACGACCACCCCCAGUUGACAACUAUGCACCUUCCUCCAUUCUCUUUUGAGAUAAUCGAAUAAGCUCGGCUUUCUGCCAAGCAGGAAAGCCGAGCUUCAUUCGCGUUGAAUCUUCCUUCAGACUUGUCUUCUUAGAGGGGAGUUCUCAGCUCAUCUACUUCACGUUUUCUGUCCAGCAGCCUACAGAAUGGCUGUGGAACAUAAUUAACUAGUGAUCCCAUGGGUACCCUUCAUUUACAAGGCCGUGGAACACCACAGCAGCUUACAGAGUGGCUGUAAAUCCGCAUUCAGAUGUUUACUUAGCAUCAAAUUAUUUCUCAUGCAGGAGAGAUUCUUGGGAAACCAUCCAAGAAGAAACACGCGACAAUCAUCGCCAUCACGGUGGGUUUAGCUUUGGUGUUGCUCUUUUUGGUACUUUGGGGAUAUUGCAGCUGGAGGAAGAGAAAUCAGAACGCAGAAGCCAUAAUCGAAGACGGUAAGCUGAAAAGACAAUUUCACAAAGGAUUUAUAUUUGAUUUUCCUCAUUUACAACUUUAUCACUCAAAUGAACCGGAAAACACUUUUAGAUGUGGAAAUAGUAAUAGCACUGGAAAUCACUUUUACCGUCUAGAAAAGCAUUCGCGCUCAUGCAAUUGCUAUUUAAUCUUUGCUUCAAUGGAUCUAUGUCAGGUUCAAGGCAUCAAACCGUCAACAACGGUCUUACUGAUGAGAACAACGAUCUGCCGCUGUUUGAUUUGGGUACUAUAGCAUUGGCCACAAACAAAUUCGCAGAUAGUCAUAAGAUCGGGAAAGGAGGGUUUGGUUGUGUCUACAAGGUGAGCUUUUCUUUUUAUUACGUCUCCAAGUAAAACGUGUUUGACUUGAUGGAGACGAAGUACUAAAUUCUCAACCCUUCUGUCCAAAUCUUCAGGGACAGUUUGCGGAUGGGAAGGAAGUGGCUGUAAAGCGGCUCUCUUUGAAAUUUGGAGAAGGGAUUGAAGAGUUCAAGACCGAGGUUAGGCUGAUUGCCAAACUCCAGCACAGAAACCUUGUCCGGCUUCUUGGAUGCUGCAUUGGAGGAGGAGAAAGACUGUUGGUCUACGAGUACAUGCCCAACAGUAGCUUGGAUGCCUUCAUAUUCGGUAGGGUCCUUGACUUUUUGUUUUGAUUGCAAUCAUAGGAUUAGAAUUUUCAAGAUUGUGCCAAUGCUUGCAAAGAAUGGUGCUAACGACGUUGUCCACCCACCCCUGCGCUGAAUUGAUGGUCGUGAUUAACUUAUAGGGUUAUACCAGUAGCGCUAAAAGGAAUUGCUUCUUCAUUCAUGUCGACCCAAGAUAGAACCUUUAUUUACAUGCAGGUGAUGUCCAGAAGCGUCGGUUAUUGGACUGGGAAAAGCGCUUGGACAUAAUCUUGGGGAUAGCGCGUGGGCUUCUCUACCUACACCAGGAUUCACGGCUCAGAGUCAUCCACAGGGAUCUCAAGGCAGCCAACAUACUCCUAGACGAGGCUAUGAAUCCCAAGAUCUCGGACUUUGGCACUGCCAGGAUCUUUGAAAGGAACCAAAUGGAGGACAACACUGUCAAAAUAGUCGGCACUAUGUACGCCCUCUCUCUUGGGCUAGUUAUCCAUUCUGCUUUGAUCUCUUGUCAAACAGUAUCAAUAUUAUUUUCGUUUCACGAACGGUGCAGCGGAUACAUGUCCCCAGAGUACAUAAUGAGUGGGAAAUUCUCGGAGAAGUCUGACAUCUUCAGCUUUGGAGUUCUGGUGUUGGAGAUCAUAAGUGGAAGGAAGAACCAGUGGGUCUCUCAGAAGAACUUCCACAUGAAGCUUCUAGCCAAUGUAAGUGCAGUCCAGUCAUCGUUGGUUACAAAAUCCCCAACAGUACACAACGCUUACUCUUAUGGGAAACUUUCAUAUCAGGCUUGGAAACUCUGCACAGAAAACCAAAGUGAUCGGCUCCUGGAUGACAUGCUAGGGCUUCCAAGUCAGUUCUCCGAUGUCCUGAGGUGCAUACAGGUUGGGCUGCUGUGUGUGCAGGAGUCUCCAGACGACAGGCCGACAAUACAAGAGGUGGUGCUCAUGCUGGCCAACAGGACCUCUGUGCUGCCACAGCCAGAGAAGCCCGGGUUCUUUAAACCCACCACCCUAGUGGCAGCAGCACAGUGGUUCGCCGACAGCUGUGGUUCAUCGUCCUCUGUGAACGUGAUUACUCUCACGAAUGUUGAAGGCCGCUGA